AUGGGGUUCAAGCUUCCGCUCCCACUGUUUGUCAUGCUUCUACUCCCGCCAGCGCUGGUGACAAUCUCCCUCCUCGUUCGCUUCCCAUCACUCCCUCACGGCGACGACCUCGCAGUCCUUUCAAACGGCACUCAUGACUUUCACCCUACCACCAUCCUGCUGUCCAUUGACGGCUUUCGCCCCGACUACCUAGAGCGCCGUGAUCUUGUUCCCAACAUUCUCGCGAUGGGGAAGGAAGGGAUGAGGGCAAGAUCAAUGCAGCCGAUCUUCCCAUCACUUACAUUCCCGAAUCACUGGGCGAUGUUAACCGGCCUGUACGCCGAGAGCCACGGUAUCGUCGCAAACGACUUCUGGGCCCCAGACGUACAGGAAGAAUUCAGCAGCCGCAAUAAGAGCUCCUGGGAUUCCCGCUGGUGGUGGGGCGAACCUAUGUGGAGUGUGGCUGAGCGGGGCGGACGGCGAUCUGCGCAGAUGAUGUGGCCCGGCCCACCAACGACGGCCGAGGGAAUCUCGCCCAGUUUCUGGGUCGAGUUCCGAGAAUCCGCGCCGCUUGAGAAGCUUCCGGAGCUCCUCUCGUACUUCGACAAGCCGAUCGAUGAAGCACCGAGCCUGAUCCUAACAUACCUCCCAGAUGUGGAUGUCGCAGGACACUCAGGCGGACCAGAGAGCAAGGACGUAGAGGACGCGCUGGUGCGCGUGGACAACUUUGUUGGCGCGCUCAGAGAUGCUUUGGCGGAGCGCAACCUAUCCAACCUCGUGGACUUGAUCGUCGUCUCGGACCACGGAAUGGCGGCGACAAGUGCUGAGCGGCUAAUCUUCCUCGACGAUCUUCUCGGUGAAGGAUUCAAGGACCUGGAGCAUCGGGACGGUUGGCCAUCCCUCGGGUUGCGGUUCGGUGACCAGUCACCUGUGCACAAAUACCUCGACAUUCUGCAGACGGCGUCCGAGAACGGAACGUUUUCCGUCUUCACACACGAGACAAUGCCAGAGCGCUGGCAUUUCAGCUACGGUGCGCGCGUCGCGCCAAUGUACCUCGUCCCGAAGUUAGGAUGGGUUAUCACAGACCAUGACGAAUUCGACAGGAACAGUCACAACGGAGUCAUGGACAUUAAAGGGGCUCAUGGCUACGACAACGCGCACGCGGAGAUGCAGGCGAUUUUCUUCGCACAAGGUCCUUGGGCGAAGCGUGUCAAGGCCGCAUCUGGGACGCAUAGGGAGAUGUGGGAGACCACCAGCCCGGCGGUGCUGAAGUCGUUCCGCAAUCUCGAGCUAUUCAAUCUCAUCAUGUCGCUUCAGAGUUUGGACCGGAUAGCGCCGCCGAACAACGGGACACGCGGUUUCUGGGACAAGCUUGUAAAUUAG